AUGGCUCCCCUCACUGUUGAGCUGUCCACCCCUGUUACUGGUACCUACCAGCAGCCCAUCGGCCUCUUCAUCGACGGCAAGUGGACCGAGGGUGUCGACAAGCAGAAGUUCGAGGUCAUCAACCCCUCCACCGAGGAGGUCAUCACCUCCGUCUGUGAAGGUACUGAGAAGGAUAUCGACCUGGCUGUUACUGCUGCCCGCAAGGCUUUCGACGGUGAAUGGAAGAACACCGCACCUCAAGCUCGAGGCAACUACCUUCUCAAGCUUGCCGACCUUGCUGAGAAGAACCUCGAUCUCCUUGCCGCUGUUGAGUCUCUCGACAACGGAAAGUCCAUCACCAACGCCCGUGGUGAUGUCGGCGCCGUUGUUGGCUGCCUGCGAUACUAUGGUGGCUGGGCCGACAAGAUCGAGGGAAAGACCAUUGAUAUUGCCCCUGACAUGUUCCACUACACCCGAUCUGAGCCUAUUGGUGUCUGCGGUCAGAUUAUCCCCUGGAACUUCCCUCUCCUCAUGCUGGCAUGGAAGAUUGGCCCUGCCCUGGCCACUGGUAACACUAUUGUCAUGAAGACCGCUGAGCAGACUCCUCUCUCUGCCCUGGUCUUCACUCAGUUCAUCGAGCAGGCUGGUUUCCCUGCCGGUGUUUUCAACCUUGUUUCUGGCUUCGGCAAGACUGCCGGUGCUGCCCUCUCUGCCCACAUGGACGUUGACAAGAUCGCGUUCACUGGUUCCACCGUCAUUGGCCGACAGAUCAUGAAGUCUGCUGCUUCCUCUAACCUCAAGAAGGUCACCCUUGAGCUUGGUGGCAAGUCCCCCAACAUCGUCUUUGACGAUGCUGAUAUUGAGGAGGCCAUUAACUGGGUCAACUUCGGUAUCUACUACAACCACGGCCAGUGCUGCUGUGCUGGUACCCGUAUCUUUGUCCAGGAAGGCAUCUACGACAAGUUCCUCGCUGCCUUCAAGAAGCGAGCUGAGGAGAACAAGGUCGGUGACCCUUUCAACGAGGAGACCUUCCAGGGCCCCCAGGUCUCUCAGCUUCAGUACGACCGCAUUAUGGGUUACAUCAAGGCUGGUAAGGACGAGGGUGCUACCGUUGAGACUGGUGGUGAGCGCCUCGGCACUAAGGGUUACUUCAUCAAGCCCACUAUCUUCUCCAACGUUCGUCCCGACAUGAAGAUCAUGCAGGAGGAGAUCUUUGGUCCUGUCUGCGCCAUUUCCAAGUUCAAGGACGAGAAGGAGGUCAUCGAUCUUGCCCACGACACCGCCUACGGUCUCGCUGCCGCCGUCCACACCAAGAACCUCAACACAGCUCUCCGAGUUUCCAACGCAUUGAAGGCCGGUACUGUCUGGGUGAACUGCUACAAUAUGCUGCACCAUCAACUGCCUUUUGGCGGCUACAAGGAGUCUGGAAUUGGCCGGGAACUGGGCGAGGCUGCGUUGGCCAACUACACACAGAACAAGUCGGUUGCCAUUAAGCUGUACUAA